CUGGAGAAAACUCGGAGGAGUCCAGCAGCUAUCGCUUCCAGCGGCUAUUUCCCCGAGUCGGUACGAAGUGAGAACUUCCUCCCGGGAUGCCCUUUCGGGGGUUGCGGGGCUGAGCACAUGGCUGCCUCCCCUGGGUCUGCCCCGCGUCUGUCACAGCACUGCCUGCCAAGGGGCCUGCCGGCGCCUGCUCUCCUUUCUGAGUGCUAAUCUGACCUCAAGAAAACUUCAGCUGGGUGAGGAGAGGAGGCUGAUCCAAAAGGCUUUACUGCAGGGAGCCUCUGGGAGUUCCAGGGUGAAGAAAUCUGCCUUCAUCUGGAGACCUCUGCUGAAGGUGAAGACCUCCUAACAGGCCAGACAGCCUUGGCAGGAGUUCAGAAGUCUUACACCAAGAUCGCUGCUGGUCGUGGAGCGCAGAGGGGACGGCCAGAAUCCCACAUCUUUCAGCGAGAAGAAAGGAGUCAGCGGAGCAGACUAAUACGGACUUGUGUCGGGUGCCCUUGCCCUACAAAGGCUGCCUUUAAAAGAGAAACGCAGUGUUAUUUAAUGAGCUGUGAGAUGAGGCACUGCUGCUAACGCUCAGAUCCCAGGAUUCAUCGGCUACUCAUUGUGCUUAAUGUACAUGUUUCUGCACCGUGCAUUUAGGAGAUCCCAGAGAAGAAUCCAAAACGGCUGCGGGGGAAAGACCACCAAACAUGCCUACAGAAACAUUACCGACAGGUAGCAUGGUGAAGCCGGUCAGCCCUGCUGUGACUUUCACAUCUGCCGUUCCUCUCCGCAUCCUGAACAAAGGACCUGACUAUUUUCGCAGGCAGGCGGAGCCUAAUCCAAAAAGACUGAGUGCAGUGGAGAGGCUUGAAGCCGACAAGGCGAAAUAUGUCAAGAGCCAGGAGGUCAUCAAUGCCAAGCAGGAGCCUGUGAAGCCGGCAGUGCUGGCGAAGCCACCGGUCUGUCCCGCGGUCAAGCGAGCGCUGGGGAGCCCCACCCUGAAGGUCUUCAGCAACAAUGCAAAGACUGAGAGUGGAGUCCAGAGAGAAAAUCUGAAACUCGAGAUUUUGAAGAACAUCAUCAACAGCUCUGAAGGCUCCAGCUCAGGUUCAGGGCAUAAGCACGGUCCCCGAAAUUGGCCACCCCACAGAGCCGAUUCAACAGAGCUGAACCGACACUCAUUCGCAGAAUCCUUGAAGGUUUACCCCACGCAGGGCUGGAGCAGCCCACAGGAGAGCAGCUCCAAUGUCAGCAGAAGGCUGCUAGAUCAGUCAGCAGAGACUUUCUUACAUGUCUCUCACAGCUCUUCAGACAUUAGGAAAGUAACUAGUGCAAAGCCCUUAAAAGCAAUACCCUGCAGUAGUUCAGCCCCACCUCUGCCUCCAAAGCCCAAAAUCGCUGCCAUUGCCACCCUGAAAUCCCCAGAGAUUGAGGCAGUCGAGUCUGGAUGCGGAGUUAGUAGAAGACCCUCCCUACAGCGAUCAAAGUCAGACUUGAGCGACAGAUACUUUCGCGUUGACGCAGAUGUCGAACGGUUCUUUAACUACUGCGGACUGGAUCCUGAAGAGCUUGAAAACCUCGGGAUGGAAAACUUUGCAAGGGCUAACUCUGAUAUUAUAUCCCUCAACUUUCGCAGUGCAAGCAUGAUUAGCUCAGACUGUGAACAGUCUCAGGACAGCAACAGUGACCUUAGAAAUGAUGACAGUGCCAAUGACCGUGUGCCAUACGGCAUUUCUGCCAUUGAAAGGAAUGCCAGAAUCAUCAAGUGGUUAUACAGCAUCAAGCAAGCUAGAGAGUCACAGAAAGUGUCCCAUGUGUGAGAGAGAAAUCCACCGUAGAAAAAAGCAAGGACUGUAUCUUUGUCUGUGAAUAUUCAGUUUGUGAAGGGUUGUGAAGUCUACUUGAAGUCUUGUACCCUUCUCAAAUCUCUUUGUGUUGCUUGUUGUGCAAUGUUUCCAAGUUGCAUGCCUGUCAACAUGUGAUCUGACCUGGCUUCCACUUGAACAAUAACUAACUACAAAGCCUGGCUGAGCAUACACAUUAUCUGCCAAAAGUUUAAGACAUGAAUCUGAUUAGGGCUUCAGUAUAAUCAAAGUGUUUACACGGAAAGGUUAUAUGACUUCUUUGGUAUUUAUGUGGUUCCUUGUGGAUUUUAUAUAUGUCACUUCUUGUCUUAAUACAGAUAUUGUCAACUGACGUUACUCGUUUCUAAGUUGAAACAGAAUCCCUUUGGGGGGAAGAAAAGUGAAAUUGGCCAAAAUAAGAGGUUUAGGCAUACGACGAUAGGCAAAGCAGCCUUAUCUCUUGUAGAAAGUGCAUUAUGGGCACACGAAAGCUGUUUCUAAAAGGCAAAGAAUGCUAUGUUCUUAAAUUAUGUAUUGUUGUUAAACUAUAUAUCCCUACUUGUAGUAAGGCACUGUUCAGUAAAAGUUUCUUUUUCCUAGGUAAGCUCCCUCUGUUUUACAGCAGACGUAGUCUAGUGAAUCUGCUUGACCUCUCAUAAACUAAAUGAGUCUUACAUUUGGGUUGGUGUAAGCAUUAUAAGGAUUUUGUAUUAUCCCAGCUGGAAAAGCUUAAAGAAGGUUGGAGUUAACAGAUGAAAACAGCGCAGGUACAAGAUUUUGUGGGUUUGAUUUUUACUCAAAGAUUCCUGGUCUUAAACUUUUGACAGGAAUAAUUAGAUCCUAUAGCUGAUAUUGAAUGCCUUUAUUAGUCAAAACACAUCAUGACUACAAACUCCAUGCUGUCUUAAUUUUUUUUCUAGACCUAUUUGAACAGUUAAUGAACAAAAAUGGAAACACACAGCCAUAUCAAUAUAACGCCUCCUAUUCAGAAGUAAAUACACUCAGUAGCUGAACUAUUAUCUGAAAAAAUGUGAUUAUGUUGUCUUGCAUAUGUUAUAUCUAAGGCUGUGAAAGUUUGUUCCAGCUCUAGGAAAGUGUAGAAACAUGACAGUAUGUAGCUUUUCUUUUCUUUUUCUUUUCCUCCUUAAGAUGGUUAGUGCUGCCAAUCAACCUGUUACAAAUCUUUAAACAAUCUGUGUCUUCCCAGUGGUUUAAUUAACUGUCAUUUCAACUGACAGUGGUGGUGUGGUAGUGGAGAAGUUGAAAGUACAGUAGUCUGCUUCAUUAUUAUUGUAUACAUGAUUUGAAGUAAAUUGCAGCACUACCUUAUACUACAUCAGCUAAUAGGAAACUUUUUUAUUGUGUAAAUGCUGUAAGACUUUGUAUAUACUUCAGUUGUUAUGAAAUCUUUAAAAGGAAGAGUGUUAUGCUAAUAAAUAGCUCCUGGUGCAGGUAUGCUAGGGUUUUUCGUUCUUAUUUUCACCCUUCCCAUUCUUAAAAUUAUAUCAGGAACUCAAUUGCAGUGUGUUAUAGUGCUGUAGAAGGUCUUGGUUAAAUAAUAGUUCCAGUAAAAGGUUUCUUUUACUAAAGUGCUUUCCAGAAUAUAAUUUUUUAUAAAAUAACUAUAGCAGCAUGAUCUGUCUGAAGAACUAGAAGAGAUUUUCAAGACUCCUAAAAUAGCUUGCUUCUUCCUUACCUAGCAAUGUUACUGUUCCUGUUUAUAGCAUCUGUUCGUAAUGAAUCACCGCAGUCUUCUGAAUUAUUCUUCAGUAGUGCUUAUUUAUAUAUUUGAAUAUUAAAGAUGUUUUACAAAGUCGA